AGUCUUAACUCUUAACCAGAGUCGCCGCAAAAUGGUGGUGAAAACCCUACCGGGUUUGGUCAUUUCAGGACCCGUUUCCAACUUCAAAAGCGUUGCGGUAAAAAGAUCGAGCCUUGACGAAACCCUAGUCCCAAAAUCCUGAAUUUGAUUUAUCCGUCGAUUCCGAUUUAACUUACGGGCGGAUAGGACUAGGUGAAAUGUACGGAUCGGCGAGAGUCUCCGACGACUCUGACCGAACCGUAUUCAGAAAAGCCGAGAAGAAGUACAAGCUUUACUACGACGACACUUCCAAAUCCUCCAAAAAGAAAAAACAACCAAAACGAGUGGAUUUAUCCGAGGUCCUUGAUUUUAAGUCCAUCCUAAAAUCUCAAGUUGAGAAUGGAGAUCUUCUACCAGGAAUAAUCCCUCUUCAAAGCGAUCUCGAUCGUUCCGUGUUCUGCUUGGAAAGCCGUCCUGGGUUUUUCUUCAUUCCUGAAGCAUUAAGUGUAGAAGAACAAUGCCAAUGGAUAAGGGAGAGCUUAAACAACUUCCCCCAGCCUCCGAAUAGAACAAAUCACAAUGCAUUUUAUGGACCCAUACAUGACUUAUUUAUUGCUGCAAAUGAAAACAAAGUAUUAGUUGAAGAAGCAAGUGUUCCCACUAGUUUAGAGUCCAAUAGUGGUCCUUCCGUCAGCAAUGACGACGUCCAUAGAUGGAAAUUUUAUGGAGAACAUUCAGUGUCUUCGGGAGGAAAUCCAUGCAAAUCAGUUUCAGCCGCUGUUCUUUUGCGGAAGUUGCGUUGGAGCACCCUUGGCUUGCAAUUUGACUGGUCCAAACGAAACUAUGAUGUGUCUCUACCGCACAACAAGAUCCCUGUUGCACUGUGUCAAUUAGCUAAAAGAAUGGCAGAACCUGCAAUGCUUGAGGGGGAACAAUUCCAGCCAGAAGCUGCAAUAGUGAACUACUUUGGGAUAGGUGAUACACUUGGGGGCCACCUUGAUGACAUGGAAGCCGAUUGGAGCAAACCUAUAGUAAGCAUGAGUUUGGGCUGCAAAGCUAUUUUCCUUCUAGGAGGAAAGUCUAGAGAGGAUCCUCCUUUAGCAAUGUUCCUUCGGAGUGGGGAUAUUGUUCUUAUGGCUGGAGAGGCAAGGGAAUGCUUUCAUGGUGUGCCCCGGAUAUUCACAGACAAGGAACAUGCUGAAAUCACCCCCAUUGAGUUGCAGUUUUCACAUGAAGACGAUCAUUGUUACUUAGAAUAUAUCAGAACUUCAAGAAUCAAUAUAAAUAUCAGACAAGUCUUUUAACGUUUUUUUUGUUCGCUCUCCCCACCCAAUAUUGUAUUCUUUAGAGUGGCAACUGACACAUGAGAAGAUUUAUGGAUUCUGGCCGCCGGGUGUAAGGAGAUCCAGUCUUGAACCUGGCUUUGGGCUUCAAAUUAUUGGCACCAGAAGCUGAAGAACAGAAAAUAAAAAGAAUCGAUUAGAAGCGGUCAGAAUUGUAAAAUAGUAGCCAGGCGUCGACUGAGUUUAUGCAUUUUGUUUUGUUGUUGGUUAAAAGUACAUCGUGGAGAGUGUGGGAUUUGAACCUUUUGUUUUGAUUUGUUUAUGGUCUAUUAUUUAUUUUAUAUUCUUAUACUUA